AUGGAGGGCCUUCUCUACAAUGUCAACGGCGGCUACGUCGAGGGCAUCGUUCGAGGUUACCGCAACAGCCUUCUUACAGGCCCAGCCUACAACAACUUGACCCAAUGCGAGACGAUCGAUGAUCUCAAGCUCCAGCUUGGUCCUUCUUACGGCGACUUCCUCGCUUCUCUACCACCUAACCCCUCAACCUCAGCUCUUGCGGCCAAGACGACCGACAAACUCAUCUCAGAAUUCCGAUACGUACGCGCCCAGGCUGUCGGCUCUCUUGCCACUUUCAUGGACUACGUCACCUACGGCUACAUGAUUGACAAUGUCGCCCUUCUUAUCACCGGCACGCUCCAUGAGCGCGAUACUCGUGAGCUUCUUGAGAGAUGCCACCCCCUCGGCUGGUUCGAGACUAUGCCUGUUCUCUGUGUUGCUACCAACAUCGAAGAGCUGUACAACAGCGUGCUUAUCGAGACCCCUCUUGCUCCAUACUUCAAGGGCAGCCUUAGCCACCAGGACCUUGACGAGCUCAACAUCGAGAUUGUGCGAAACACCCUGUACAAGAACUACCUGGAGGACUUUUACAACUUUGUCAACACUCACCCCGAGAUGGCUGGCACACCAACCUCUGAGGUCAUGUCCGAGAUUCUUGAGUUUGAGGCUGACCGCCGAGCCAUCAACAUCACCCUCAACUCAUUCGGCACAGAUUUGUCCAAGCAGGAUCGUAACAAACUCUACCCCAGCUUUGGCAAACUAUACCCUGAGGGAACUCUAAUGCUCUCGAGAGCUGAGGACCCUGAAGGUGUUCGCCUGGCAGUUGACGGUGUUCAUGACUACAAGUCUUUCUUUGAUGCCGUCUCUGUUGGUGGCGGCCCAUCAGGACCCGGAAACAUGGGCGGCGGCGCUGGUGAGAGCAAGACUCUGGAGGACAUGUUUUACCAGAAGGAGAUGGAGAUUUCCAAGAAUGCGUUCACUAGGCAGUUCACUCACGCUAUCGUCUAUGCUUGGGUGAAACUGCGGGAGCAGGAAAUCCGCAACAUCACUUGGAUUGCCGAAUGCAUAGCCCAGAACCAGAAGGAGCGCAUCGGCAACUACAUCAGCGUCUUUUGA